AUGUCAGAAGGCCAAAAGAAGGUGGAAUGCGUUGACUGCAAAAUGAGGUUUGAAACAGGAGGUGAACUAGCCAAUCACCAAAAGAAAUUCUGCAAGCAAUAUAGUAACAUGAGUAAACUUGAUGACAGGCUCAAGAAGUUAUCGGAUAUAAAGCCCGCAGCUGAUCCAGCCAAGGUGAAUAAUGAGUCUAAGAUUGAGCAUAAAUAAGAAGAUAGCAGAUGCUAUAAGUCUUCAGAAUAAACAAGAUGUUGAAAAGUUAGUUAGAGAAGCAAAGAUGUUUGAGGGUAAAAAGAUUAACAACCAAGCUGAAGUUCUCUCAAUCGAAAGAGCACUUAAAGAGAUACAGAAGGAGAAGGCAGGGUACCUCAAGCAAGAUAAAUUAAAAGAGCUAGAUGAGCUUGACAAAAAGAAAAGAGAGAUUGAAGAAAGUAAACUUCAAGUCCAAAGAGAUCUCCAAAAUAUGAGUCAUGAUGUCCGACAUGCAGGCAAUAAUACUCCUAUUAAACAAGUUCAAAACAAAGUGAACAAUUCAGAUUAUCUAAGGAAUCAGGACAGAAGACAUACGAAUGCUUUAAAAUAACCUUGCUGAAGAAAAUUCUCGGAUAAAACUUAAACAAGAAAUUCUUGGUCAAAAGAUGGACCACUACCAACAAAAGGCUGGCAUCCUUGCAUACCAAAAUUCUGCUCCCCGAGGAAGAAGCAAUGAGCCUUCAAAGGAUUCUAAGCUAGCUAACUCUGCUGCCAAGAUACUAAAUUCUUCCUCGGAGUACUACGCUGGAGCGAAGAUAAAUCAGAGUCAAGAGAGGAUCUCGAAACUAAUAGAAGAUCGUAAGAAAACAAUGAACCAGCUUAAAUACGAUCCAGUGUUUGAUGAGAUAGAUCAGUUACAAGCCUCGGUAGACCAAGGUUAUAAUACCGAUAUUAAUAAAUAUCGGGAAAAUAUGAAAAAUUACUCCACAGAUCUUCAAAGCCAGAGAGAAAUGAAGCCUGAGGAGAAGGCACAAAGGCUUAGCAACAUCAGAUCUAAGAUUUCUAACUUUGAUCCUAAUGCCUCUGCUCCAUUUAUAAACUACCAAGCUGCGAAACCUGUUCUAUUCAGGCAGAUGAACAAGCUUGAUAAAAUUAUUAAAAAUGAGAAGAGGAGAGAAGAAGAUGAAGAACGUAAAAGAGUCAAUGAUAACAUGCAUCAAAAACUUCCUAAUUUCCAAGCAAGGAAUCCUAACUACUCUGUGAUAGAGAUGAAGAAUAGAACUGAGCUGAAGGAGCCCAAAAUGAAACAGCCUGUUAUAAUGAACUAUCGUCAGCAAUCAUCAAGGAUGUCUAGAAGAAGCCAACAGCAGGACUCAGAAAGGAAAUCGAGACAAAAUCUGAUCCCUGACUCAAGAACCUUCUUACCAGAUGUUGGGCACUUUAAACAAAAUUUGGAUCGCCCAGAAGACCUCGAAGUUGAAGAAAGAGCGAUCAUGAACAUGUAUGCCCAAGAUUUUGAUGACCUGAAAGUUCUUGAUAUGUUAAAGGAUAACCCUACACUCUACAGCCACAAACUGAACCAGUACAAAGAACUUAGUCAUGCAAGGAUCCAGGCUGAGAAGUUCUUGCAAGAUCAGAGACUUAAGAAAAUCCGUGAACACUUCGGUAAAGAAAGAUAUGAAGAAGAGAGAAAGAUGGAACUUGAAAAUUGGAUGGAUCAACAAGAGAAACAGCUUAUCUCCAGAAGGCUUCAAGAAAGACUGAAUAUGCCAAAGACACCUGAGUAUAUCCCCUCUACUUCAGGGAAGUCAAGAGUUUCUACUAGACCUCAGAGAAUUGAAGAAGAGUAUGAUCCUGAGAUUGGCUUCGGGCUACACUUGGAUUAUGUAGCCAAUAUUGAUAGAGGCACCUGCAAUCAAAUGAAAGCGGCUUAUGCUAUUUUCAAAAAUGAUGAAAUGAUUAUUGGUAACCAAAGCAUGGGUCCUGCUUUGAUGCUUCCUGAUACUUAUUCAAUUACUCAUGAGAAAGCGCAGUUUUCUACCCAAAAUUCAUUAAAGCUUGUAGAAGCUGAUAGGAGUACCAAUUUGAUUAUGGAGAUACAGAUUCCUGAUAUCAGAGAUCCAAAUAGAUUCAAAGCAAUAGGUUGGACUUUGGUAAAUUUGUUCACUGCUAAGCUAGGGAAACUAAACAAGGGGUGAUUCAAGCUCCCUAUGUAUCAGCUUCCAACAAACCCUUAUCUUCAAAUCUCUGAAAUUCCUUACCUCACCCCUAUCAGUGGAUAUGUAUGCAUGAGAAUUUCUAUGAUAGGUGAUGAAAUCAGUCAGAAAAAUUCGAAUCUACAUCCAUCAGAAUAUCUGGUUCCAAUGAUACAUCAAAGAGGAGGCACAAAAAGAAAUGAUAUCCCUCCUCAAAUGCAGAACCAACCUCAAAACAUUCAAAUUGAGCCUGAUAAGCAGGGCAAGGACCCCUUCUACUCUAGUAAUGGGCUACUUCUGUUCCUUCAAUUUCUCAAAAAUUUCCCAACGAACAAAGCUGGUAACUUCACAGUGAGAAGUAGUUUGCUGUUCAAUGAAAAUGCUGCAAAGGAUAAAUUCGGACAAGACUGCUACUGGGUAUCUGACUCAGUCCAAUUUACUGCCAAUUUAGAACAAACACCCCAGAAUAUGUUCAAGAUCCAAGAAGUCACUAAAGUGGAGAACCUUGACCGAAACGAUACUGUACUGCCUAUAAUGAAAACAAAUAUUUGGCACAGGAAUUUCUAUGAUCUAGUCUGGAACUCAAACCUUGAGCAUGACCUUUAUCUCUUCCUAGAAAUUUUAGAGAAUGGCAGCUCGUAUCCAACUGGUGUGACUGUCUUGAAAGUCAAUAACGAAGAUGGAACUGCCAGAGUUGGAUCUCAUGAGCUUCCUGUGUAUAAAUACCCGUUGAAGGAUUACAAAGAUGUUUCUAAAAGUGAGCCAUUAGGUUAUAGUCUUGCUUUGACCAUAAAUGAACCAAAACCUGAUGUAGCUCAACCUCAUCCACAAAGUCCUGAGAUGAAAAUACCUGAUGCCCAACCUCCUUCUGUGCAACCUCCAAAAGAAGAGCAGAAAGUUCCAACUCCCCAAGAAGAAGAAAAGAAAGGUGAAAUAGCCCCUUCUGAUCUUGGAAAGAAAGAUUCAUCAGAGGAGGCAUUUAUUCCAAAUACUCUCAAACAAUACGAUGAAAGUCCCUAUGAUCGAGACGAGAUCAUUGUAGUGUAUGUCGACUCUGCACGCUAUUUACCAGAAAACUGCACCAUUGCCAGGCUAGUAAUGAGAGGGAUCAACCGCGAUGCAGAAAAUAUUAUGAAAACAUUCUCAUCUGUUUGACUAUCUGAGAUGUCAACCUCUCAAAAGCCAUACUUUGGCAUCAGGGAAGAGUUUAUCCGCAAGGAUACUCCAAGUCUAGAUGAUACCACAGUUCUUGUUUUCAGAAUUGAUAGCAUUGAGAGAAAUAAUCACAAACAAGUUGUCGUAGGAUAUGCCUUUUUCCCUCUCUUUGUGGAUCCCAGUACUGGAUUACCAGCCAACCACCCUACUUCAGAUGCUGCUCUACAGACUGGUAAAUACCAAAUUCCUAUUUUCUGUCAGACUCCAAGGCUAGCAAGGCCUUUCAGUUACCAAAAUGUAACUGCUCUUGAGAGAAUCCCAUGAGCUUCGUUACUCAUCAGAAUUGAGAAAGCACCUACAGAUGAUAAAGGCAAGUCUAUUUCCAUUGCUGGUCUUUCUGAAGCCAGAAGAGUUGAGCUAGGCAUGCUCAAGUUACCUCCAAAAUACCAGCAAGGUGAGUACAACAACCGUUACAUUGACUUGAUGAAAGACGAAUUAAAAAUCUACGAAGAAAAGGUCAUAAGAGUUGAUCCCCUUGUAACCGAGGCUAUCAAGCCGCUUAGGAAUACUUAUGAAAAUGAUAAGAAGUUUAAAAAGAAAAUUAAGAAGAUCCUUAAGAAGAAAAAUGUCUCAGCUCUUACGCAUGAUGAGUUCUCAGAGCAUGUUUUCGAGCCUCCUGAAAAAUAUACUACAGAAAUCAUUGACAUUAAUUACUUCUCACAGUAUAUACAUAGUAUUGGGUUCAGAUUCAACAUUGAUUUGGUGUUCAACGCUGAUCCUCGUAUGAUAUAUGUCGCUAUUUGCUGUAUAAACCCACCUGGAAGCCUCUAUCAACAACCAAUAGGUUACGACAAGGUUAUAGAGUUCAAUGAGAUUGACUUCAACAGUCAUGUUAAGGGUCAAAAGUUCCAUGAGUCCUUCUACGCCUUUGUCAAUGUCCCAUCAAACGAGAAUGUGCAUAUGAUCGUUGAUAUUAAAGCUAUUAAAAUCCAUAAAAAGAAGGAAGCAGAGAUUAUAGAUUACGCCUGGACAAUCUAUCCUAUCUUUUCUAAAUUAGAUACAGAUGAAAAUAAGGAUACAGAUGAAGUAUUUAUUAGAUCUGGAUACCACAUGAUGCCCCUCUUCCAAGGAAAGGUUAGAAACGAUGUCGUCAAAGAUUUGGUCAGUGUCAAAGACUGAUGGGAACAUCUAGAGUCUCAGCAACGAUUAAAGGUAGCCCCAAUUUCUCUACUUCCCAAAGCAGGAGUCAUCCUUCGUUGAGUUGACAACCAAAGAGAAGGUCACUUCUCUACUCUUGGAGAUCCAAAUCGAAUAGAUUACUCAUUCUGUCCAAAUCCGAAGAAUUAUCAAUAUAAUGACAAAGUAAGAAGAAAGAUAGAAAAAGGAAAUAAAAUAGCUGAUAUCCUUCCUAAGAACACAGAUAUCAAUAUGGCUCAACAAGAGGUUGACAGUCUUCUCAGGACCAAAUAUAAUUUGUUGCAAUAAAUACUAUUCAGCAUUG